CAUAGAUUCGCGCUUUAGAACCACUAUCCUCAUAUAUCUACCUCACAGAACAUUCAUGAUUCAAUCACCCUGAAAGCGAUUCUAUUCGCUCUAACUCCGUAUCGAGAUUCAACAAUGUUCGUACCAAAAGCAGCACUUGGGCCAGCAGCCGCCUUGCGCAAUCCCCGAAGACGACAGCGUACGAACUCCGAUGAGACCGCGCAACAGCCUAAUGCGAAACGUCAGCGCUCUGCUCUACGUCAAGAUAGCGUUGAAUCAUCCGUAGAAAUUUCUACCGGAAACCCAUCUCGAAAACCAUCUCUGGCUGCUGAAAACCUCGAUCUUUCAAAUAUAGGACUCACACCCGCCGACGCGGCGAAGGAAAUACCCAUCAGAGCCGCCAAAAGACCUGGAAGCUUUAAGCAAGACACUGCCGAAGCAGUGACCCUCUCACAAACAGAUUUCUACAGUGUUAAACAGCUGCCAGCUUUUCCAGAUCAGAUCGCCGGCUUACAAUCAGAACCUUACAGAGUUGUCUUUGGAAGGGGUUAUGGUUUGGCACUGGCUUUGACAAGGUCUCAUGCAAUAAUUUGGCCAUAUUCUGAGGAUCCUCAGCCACAGAAUACGGAGGUUCUAACUAUACCCCUCCCAGAAUUAUGCAGGGGCUCCAAUGAUGCAGCACCUCUUGGACAUCUUCUGUCAGCAGCAACAGGCGGCUUGCCGGGACUAGUCGUUGUCACACCAAGCAGUGGCCAUAUACUGUACUGGGAAACCAUAACGAGCGCCACAUCACUCGGAUAUACCAGGCAGAAACUGUGUGGCCUGCAGGGAAGCAUCAAUGGCCUCCUCUCUGGUGAAUAUGCUACUGAUGUUAUCAAUUGUGAGCCAUCUGGAGUUAUCGUGAUAUUCUCCACCGGUAGAGUAGCUCACGUUACCGUGAGGGAUCCCCAAGGCAAGCCGGCCGUAACGGCUAGUUUUCUCAAAAACCCCUCUGGUGGUGCUAAAAUAGGCUUCCUUGGGGGGCUAAGAAAUGCUCUUGGUGGAGGGUACUGGAGGAAAGACAUUGCGGCAGUCCAAGCAGGUCAAUCGCAUCAGCGAGGACAGAGAGAAGUCAUCAUAGCCACUACCACGGGUUCCUUUGAAAUCUGGGACACUCAUUGGAAUAACGGAAGCUUGCUUAAGAAGCAGUUCGAUGUUAGGAAUAUAAUUUCGGAUGCGCUGAGCGAAAACUCAUUUCAGCAUGAAGAGGGUAACAUCGAAAUUUUCGAUUUCGUGUUUGCCGGCGCCGAUUCCAACGCCCAUCAUGGUUCGAGUAGCGAGUCCAACACGUGGGAUAUCUUGGUUGUCGUGGCCACGACUGCGGCAAGCUCACAAGACCUAUACGUUCUCAACCUGAGGCUCUCCGAAGAAGCUCAGAUACUGUCUAGUACUGCGAUAAAGCAUCGUGGUUCUUUGCCACAUCUCGAAGCGAAUCAAAUCAAGCUUUUUGUUCCUAGCUCAGGUAAUAUGGGCUUUCUCGUGGUCGGACAGUCAAUCAUUUUGCUGUCACUUUCAAAUGGAAAGGAACACCUGGAUGGGACUACACCGGACAGCAAUCGAGGAGCAGGAGCAUUUCACGAUAUCAUCAAUCUGCGAUCUGGGCAACAGUACGAUAUCCUGGGUAGCGGAUGUGAGGAUCGGACUACCGAAAGGACAGAGCCUGCGUGUUUGAUUAUGGUUCGGGGCUUUGGCAUCCUCCGAAUCAAUGCCUUGGCUAGCAAUCAAGAGGCGACAAGCGCUGCGAAUACUUACAUCACUGCAAAGCAUAGGAUUGAGCAAGCGAUCUUUUAUGGAACCAUCAUGGAAAGUCCAUUGGACCUGACAAACAAGGAGGGCUUAGGGUUCCCCCUAGAGGAGGUUGAAGAGGCUGCCCUAGAGGUGACCAAUGAAAUACUGAAUUCAACUUCGAGAUACAUACCGACGACUUUUAUUACUGUGGAUCAGAAUCUAAGGUUGCGGGCAAAGGCUCUUGAUGAUCUUUCAUCUUUGUUGAUGCAACAGCACAAGGCUUUGAGUCGCUUGGUCUGGUGGAAAAUGCUCUGGGGCGCGGAGAAAAUCGCAGCUCAAAGAGCUGUCUGGAAGCUUGAAGAGUGUUGGCGAAAGCAUAACGGUAAAGGUCAAACGCUGCUGGCUGACAUACUAGAAUCAAUGAGUGAAAGAUUCAAGACGCAACGAAACAGUGAUAGUGACCCGGUCCGUCAUUGGUUCCUCCACGAUACCUUUCAAAUGGAAAAUAUCGUGCCCUGGAUCUACCACUCGGUCAAAUCACAAAAAGGCAGUAACCUGAAGCAGAGUUGGAAGGCGGCAGAAAAGCUCUUAGGCGCCAGCGAGCUGUCACUAGCCGUUCUAGAAACAGCGUAUCACUAUAGAGACGAGCAUGCUAGUCGCUACGGAAUCAUCGAUGGCUAUGUGGAGGAUGGGGUAUUGACAGGUAAUUACAAGGGUCUCCGGGAGUUCUGGACAUCCCGAAGCAUUGGAUAUGUCGAGAGCGUACGCCUGUUGGAUCUCGAGCUCGACACCUGCAGAGUCUGGCUCCAGCAGAGAGCAGGCUCGGCCGAUAUACCGGGAAAUGACAUCUUGGCGAGAAUAGCGACAAACGGUGCCAGACAGUUCCAUAUCUUCGGUCAAAUACACCGGGAGCGGGUUCGUUGGCUUGCUGCCCAAGAAGACCCGAAAUUGGUUGAUGAAGGGAUCGCCGUCGAACACACACACGUCAAGCAGCGCAAAUGGCAGCUUUUCAAACUCGCCGGAAUCGGUCACCUGGAGGAAGCAAUCAAACUAGCAGAAGAUUUCCGGGAUAUGGGAGCACUAGUGGAGUUGAUAAUUGAGCUUCAAGACCAGACUAGGGGUCAGAAUCUCCCGCCUCAUUCUCCGAGCAACACAACCAGGGGCUUAGCGAAUGCUUCGGAUCAACUAAGCAAGAAGAUAUCAGGUUAUUUCGAGAGAUUUGGAGACUCAUGGGCUGAGGCAUUCUUUUCGCGACAAAUAUCUCUGGGACAGGCAGGAGUCCUCUUCGCGAUGAAGAAGUUCCAGCCUUAUGUCACCCAAUUCCUACGCAGUCACUCAACAUACUCUCGGCUCUCUUGGAUCAAUGAUGUGAUUGGUGAGAAUGACUACGACAGGGUUGCUUGUUCCCUAGAAAAGCUGGCCCUUGAACAGGAAUCAGACUUAUGGGGUCACCGAGUGGAGUUAUCUAUGGCUAAACUCGUGACAUUGGCAGCCUGGGAGCAGUCAUCCCAGCCCAAAGGUUUGGUGGACCAAAGAGAUGUUAAGCGUCUAGAGGACCUUGCAGAAAUAGAUGCUGUGCAGGAGCUUAUAUCCGCCUCCGUUACACCGAACUUAGAAUGCGCGAUUGACGAAAAAGCCAAAGUUGAAAUAGCUGUUUCAAGCAUUGGGCGGGGCGUCUUGCAAGACACGCCGUCGCUUUAUGAGGUCAUGAAAGAGGCAGUUACUAAAGUGGUGUUUCGUCAAGUGAUGAAUGUUGAUGAGUUGGUGGAUUUCUUGACUCUGGCAAGAAUUCCUGAGACUCCGAGCAACGACCAGGAAGAAAUCGUGGGGAAGGAGGACUAUCUGGCUUUGCGUGUCUUACGUUUGAGUCAUUAUGCCCAACGAGAUCCGCAGUUGUAUGCCAUCUUGCAAAAAUUGGUAUGGAAGAGAUGCAUGAUCAGUGAUGACUGGAUUGCAACUGGGAAGACUGCCGAAGAAUCAGGAAGCGAAUUUGAACAUGUUCUGCAUGGUACCUCGCUUGCUCGAACUCUCGCCUGGUGUCACAACGAUAGACUGAGUGCGGACCUUUCCCAACCCACACUUUACAUCCCUCGGGCUCCGGAAGAUGUCAUUUUAAGCGACUCGGAGUUAGACCGUCUCACUGCUCGGCUGAGCCCAGAACGGCGAGCGCACAAUCGUCGGGACCUUGAGAGAGAAAACCUAUUGGUGUCACGUUAUAUCGAGAGUGGGAAGCUUGAUUUCUGGUUUAAGACCCUUGUCGAGUUUGUGCAAACAUCGCAGAAAAGCUCUGCUGCUGGAGAAACACAGAGUCUGGAAUCUGAUGAUUUAAUCUAG